CCUACUCAACUGCCAAAGUAUGCAGCUCGCCAUUGAGGUGUUUUAUAACAUGUGUGUUCUCUUUGAUGCAAAAGAAUGUACCCAUUUGGUAAAAACAAGCCAAACCUACCUCAACAGCUGCAUUUCACAAAGCAAGAAAAACAAGGAUGGAGAAAGUCAAUAUGUAUCAGAAGCUGAGGAAAUGAUCACUGAUAAAAGUAAUAGCAUUGUUGGAACAUCACCUUUCACACAUACUUUUCAAGUGAUACGGGACCAAGCAGAGUGUGACUUUCUGUCUGAUGAUUCAGCCAACAUUAAAAACCAUUACUUUUGUCCUGGUAUAAUUGAUGUUCUGCUGAAAAACUACAUGGGGAUCAUCCCACUGUGGAGUGGUUUGUUGCUUGGAGAUCUGACACGACAUGAGACACCAACAACUGGUGAAACAAACAAAACUUGCAAAACCAGAGAAACAAACUGCCAUGUGGAGCUAUGGUUUGGUUUGGUGAAACGAAACAUCCUGGGAAAGAAGAAGUACCUCAGACCAGCAGAGUUCAUCUCCAAAAUGUUUUCCUCUUUACAAGGACGAUAUGUAGAGCACAUUAUGCAGCAUGGUCUUCCAAUGAAAGUUCUUGACAAAGCCUUCACAGUUUCUAACAAACCUGUAGAUGAUCAUGAAGAGAAAUGGAAGAAGAGGGAAAGUUCUGCUGGUCAAUCUAAGUCCAAGUCCAAGUACUUCAAUCCCCCGAAGAGAAUACAAAAUCCUAAACCUUCACAACACACUAAAACAAAGAUCAAAGGAGCAGAUGCCGAUCAGCAUAAUAAAGAAUCACAGUUAACUCAGCUUUGGAAAAAGAGUGAUACAGAAGUUGUUGUUGCAGUUGUCCCUUCACAAAUUAAGGGUCGGAGCUUUGUCAUCCACCAUUCAGAGCUGUGCUCUCUUCGUCCACAUCAGUGGUUGAAUGGGGAGAUCAUUGAAAGCCUGUUUCAUGUGGCUGCCCAUGCAUCGGGAGUGGUGGACACCAUUUACAUCCUCAGUCACUACACAGCUGGUGUGAUUUUGUUUGGGGACAGAACAGAGCUUCCUCGCCAAAGUUUACCUAGGGUGAACUUUGACAACUAUGAAGCAGUUCUAUCUUUUGUGCUGGUGAACAACAACCACUGGAAGUUGCUGUACAUCAAUACAAAUGCCAGCACAGUAUUCCUAAUGGAUCCUGCACAACUGUCAUCAGAGCUCGAGGACUCCAAAAAUGCAGCUAAAAGAAUACAGGAAUACUUCAAGAUGAGAAGGACAUGCCAUGGGAAAACAGAUUGGGUUGGGAUCCGAUGGAAAGGGGGGGCUAUGAGACACCCCAUUCAACAAGAUGGAAGCAGCUGUGGAGUCAUUGUAGUGAAAAUGGCGAAAGCACUGAUGGAGGCCUUUCCUCUUAUGCCAGAUGUGGAAUUUGACACCACCAAAAAAGGCAAUGAAAGAUGAAAGAAAAGCUCUGGGUCUUCAUAUCCUUGAAGCAUCAGUGUUCGAUGACCAGACUUGCUGUGCAAUGUGUGCUGCCUACAAGCCCCCAGUUUCGGGACCUCAAAUGACAGACUGGAUCCAGUGCGACAGGUGUGACAAAUGGUUUCAUGCCCUGUGCCUAGACAUCAAAAGCAACCAAUAUGAAAAGGCAAAGAGAGGCAGCUGGAAAUGUCUGUUGUGCACGUAAUAAAAAAAUCUUUCUACCCUGUUGAAUGUAGUUCAAAAGAAAUAAUUUGAAAUUAUAUGUAGAAAAUAAAACUGUACUUCGUUUCAA